AUGGAACUCAAUGAAAAGAAAAUUAUUAUAGAAGAUAUAGAAAUGAAACGUAUUAUACAAGUAUUACAAGCAAUUGUUACAUCUGAUUCAUAUUAUGCUUUAACUGUUAUGUUUUCAAUGAUUUAUGAACUUCUUCCUAUUCUUAAUAAAAAAUAUCGUGUAAUGCUUAUUACUUUUAUUAUGGAUAAUUUUGAACAUUUCUUUGUUCAUUGGUAUUACCAAGCACGUAUUUUCUUUUUUAAAUUAAUUCAUCUGAAAAUGACACUUGCUCCUUCUUUCAGAAUUAAUGGUGGACUUCUUCCAGAAGAAAUACAUAAAUAUGAUACUUAUGGUGAUUUAUUAUAUGAUCAAUCAGUUUGUAUUGGUAUAGAAGAAAAAAUAAGAACUUUAAGAAAUAUCCAAAAACAUAAAGAGCAAUUAAGUGACUCUGAAAAGAAAAAUAUUAUUUAUAUCAAUCAAGCAUUUAAAGAAUUUGAUGAACAAUCCCAAUUCUUAGAACAAUGGAAAAAAUCAAACUCAUUAACUUGUCCAAUUGCUCAUUUAGACUUAUCUUUAGUAAGUAAUCUUGUAAGUAAUCUCAUUUAA